GCUGCUCCCGUGCAUCUGCCGUCUACGCAAAUUCUAAAGUAGCUCUUGAUUUCGAAGGGCAGUGAGAAUUCGGGCUCGUGCCGAUCGUAGCCCAACAGAAUCGUCUCGUCGCAAAGUGUAGCAUGAUGUUGCUAUAUUAGUCUCUGAAAACUCUCCGCUUCUUAAUGCUUUUUUAGCAACGAGGUACGACGGCUAAGAAACUUGUUGCACCCACGAUGGCGUCUUCACUCUCGGUCCCGAGCUCCACGUCGCCAGGUUUGACGCCUAACUCGCGGAGUGAAGCGGAGAUCGCUCUCGCCUACAACGCCUUCCACCAGACGUCUUCGGCGGGCAAACCUCAAGCUACUACGCCAACGGCGGAAGACCUUCCGAUGCGGCCUGCACUCAAAACUCGCACUUCGAGCAACUACCAGGCUGCCGCAGCGCUCGCACACGUGUCCUUUGAGCCGCCGUAUCCCACGGAUGAAACCGCUCAAGCCGUACGGGGAACUCUGUCACGUGGCACCACACAAGUGGUGUUGGACAAGAUGGCAACCGAGGAUCCGGGCGAAACGCUGUUGAGCAAGCGGCAGAGCAGAGAGGGUGCGAGAAGGACAAGUGAGGUCGCCGCUGACGGGGGCAGCAUCGCCAGGCCUGGUCUGAACACGAGACAGAGCUAUAAUGAGCAGGAUCUGAAGAGAAUGAUGACGGAGAAGCUAAUGCAGGACGAUGAUUCAAAAUCGCCUGAUGCAGCAGGCUAUGAAAGCAUUAGGUGAAGAUGCAGGUUGGAGCAAUCACCAAUCUCGCUGUGAAAAAGAACGACACACGGGCUUGAUACGAGGUACGACUGCUUCUACUAGCAAGAACGCACACUUUCAUUUGGACGUUGUCUCAAGUCAAGGCAUAUGUAAACGAUCGAUAAUUUGGAUUUCUACAAAUGCAAGCCUACUCCCGUAUGAGGAUCUCAACAUAGCUAUGUAUCCCAGCUUUGCCUACUUGUUAGUGUGUAACGUAAUCUGACGUAAUAAAGAAAGUGAUGUUGAUACUCGCUGUUCAGCCGAUUGUUUCGUCCCCUUGCAGCUACUCUCGACAGUCAUCACCAUCUAUGGUGGCAAGUCCACUGCGAUUCUUAGCUCUUUCAUCCACCAAUCCAUUGGCGUACCCGUGCUGGAUUUUGAUCGAGUGAAUCGAAGGACAGGCUGAUUUUUUUUCAACUGUCGUGUCACCAGCUAAUGGGCGCUGUAUCGCCGAGACUUUUAGAGAGCGUACACAUCAUGUGCACAUAUCAAGUUGAUGAAUCGUCCGUACAUCUCGUGGAUACAUCAGGUCCUGUCCAGCCGCGCGCACGCUUGCUGUUAGCACAAAGGAUUCUGACUUUGAAUUUUAUUCCUUGAAGGUACCAGGCUUCGAUCAACACUUGUAGCUUU